AUGGGACAGCUAUUCACCAAUGACCAAAUGAGAGAAAGUUUAACAGUGUGUAAAGUAGUGUCAGAGAAUAUAGGUGAUGCUUUCCAGUAUAACUAUACCAUAGCUACAGGAUUAAAUCCAACUACAUAUGUGGUAACUAUUGACCUACAAGUUUGCUAUCUUGCUGGAGAAUUCUGUAAAACAACAUCAUUAUUGAAGGCAGCGACUGUGAAAUGUUCAUCAACAAGAAGGAAAAAGAGACGACGAAGAUCUAUUACAGAACCAUCUGUAACCAAUUUUAAAGAUAGUAUCAGAAUGUUGAUAGAACAACAAGUUUCCUCAGAGGGAAUAGAGAAAUAUCUUGAAGAAGUAAAGAAUUUUGAGCUGAGUCAAAUACAAGAGAAUCUCAUUGGAGCAGUUCUACCAGGGACAGACACAAAAACAAGUGUGAAGUCUGCAAUGAAAGCUCUUGGAUGGAACAAUCCUGCUACAAUAGCUAUUGCUACUGACAUAGACACAACUGAAACUGUAACUGGAGGUGAAAUGAUGACAAAUAUGUUAGGUAGUACUACAUCAGAUAUACAAGGAAGAACUAAACAGGCAUAUGUAGUUGGUCAUGGUUUGACAAAUGAAGGAGUAAAAUUGCUUGGACAGAAGCUGGCUAACAUGACGAUCGGAGAUAUAGAAAACCUGCUAGAUGUGAAAAAUGUAGAUCCAGUGGAAAUUAUAAAGCUUAUGGACCAGCUUAGAGAUUUGUUCAGAGCUCUAACAUCAGAAUUUUUGGGAAAAAUAUUUGGAAGAGGAUCAGAUGUUUUCAAAUCAGAGGAUCUUGUUAUGUGGGGAGAAAUUCCUCUUCCAAGAGUAUCUAAAAAAAUUAAUUAUCCAGAAGAUGGCCCAAAAAUAAUUCCUAUUGGUGGAUUUAUUAGUCUUGCCUAUAGAGUUGGUAUUGGUCUAUAUUUUGGUAUAAAAUUUAGAGCAGGGCUCAAUAUUUUGGAAAUGAAAGGAAUUGCAGAAGUUGUGCCAUAUGCAGGAGUAAUGGCUUAUGCCGAAGUAGGGCUUGGAAUUGGUCCUUUGUUUGGCAAACUGAGAGUGGAGGGACAGAUAAUGGAUAUGAGGUUUCCCACCAGAGCAGAAGUGACAUUCUCUAAGUUUCCAUUGGAUGUUGGAAUUACCAUGAACUUGGAGCUGACACCCUUAAAAAUAAGAGUAUUGGCAUUAGUCACUAUAGAGAUAAAAUUUUGGAAAUUAUCAAAAACCAUAGUUUUGUACAAAACAACUCUCUGGUCUUAUUCAACUCCAACUAUAAGAGCAAAGAUCCUUGACAAGAGGAAGGAUGAAAAAGAUCAAACAGCACCUGCUAUUGAGGAAUUUAUUGACAAACCUGGCAGUGGAAGGAAAAAGAGAUCAUCAGCUAAGUGUCUGGUUAGACAGAUUCCAUAUGAAGAUUACACUGAGCCCAAGUUUGAAGUUUCUAUCCAUGCUGGUGAUGACAGAAGUGGUGUUAAUCUAUAUCUGGAUAUUGGUACUAUUCCUGGGGGAACAGAUGUGUUAAACAAGAAAGAGCUGGCAGGUCCAGCUACAAUAUUGUCAGAGGUUUUAAAAGCAACUGGUGUGCCACUGUACCUAACUGUAACUGCAGAGAAUGACUCAGGUCAAAAGUCCACAGCUUCAUGUUACCUCCCAACAUAUGAUAUUACUCUUCCUGGUGGGAGACUUGAUGAAGAUUACAAGACCACCAGUAACCCGUCAGUUAUUAAAGCUUCAAUAACAGUAUAUGAAGACUCAGAGCUUGUAGAAACUAAAGUGGCAUUAGGUUAUGGGAAGGACAUAUGGGGUGAUCAGGUUGUUCCUUGGAAUGAUGUCAGGCUAGACCAAGGCAACGUCAACCAUGUUACAGCAGAGUCUGAUCCUUUGAAUAGACAGGUGUUGGGGAUGUUCACCAGUCAACGUAGAGGAAAGUUAGUUGGACCAAAAGUUGGUGAAGAUUCUUUUCAACAUUCUCCUGGAGAUUGUGCCAGAGCAUGUGCUGAUUUACCUCCAACUAAAUGUAUGAGUUUUAACUACAACUCUGGAAAUGGAAUGUGUGAACUUGUGGAAGCAAUUGAAGGACAUCAUUUUAAACUAUCUCAUUCAGGAUACUUUUAUCACUAUGAAAGACUUGGUGUUGGAAAAACAAAGCAGUUUAACUUUGAUCAAAUUCAAUUAAAUCAUCAUAAACUGGUGUAUGUAAAUUUCCGUAUUAUUAAUGACCUGGGAUAUUUGUCUUUUAUUAACACUCAAGGUGUCCUUGUUGAUUUGACUCCACCUACAACAGGAGAAAUAAAAAAUGCCAGUCAAGACUACCUUGAGAUUGUUGACUGUUUGUCACUAAUCCCAGAAGAACACAGACCAGAUUGGGUUAUUCAAUGUAGAGGGAUGAAUCCUAAUGUUAAAAAUCACAGAUUGAUAGUUGAUGGCAAAGGAUCUAGGGCUGUGUUUAAUGGUUAUGAGCCAAUGAUCGAUCUUCAAUACACAAGAAUUAACACUUACAUAACAGCUAAUUGGGAUGGAUUCAAUGAUAGAGAGAGUGGACUUUUGGGUUAUACCAUAUAUGUUGGAAUGGCAGUGUGUGAGGACUUGAUACAUCCACAUCAUGAUCCACACAAACAUUUCUUUGAGAAAUCACAGUGGACUCACAAUGCUAUGAUUUAUCCAAUUCCUGCUCCAUAUGCAACAUUGCCAGAUGACAAGUAUUAUGUAACCGUUAGAGCUUUAAAUGAGGUAGAAUAUGGAGGUCCACUAGCCACAACAGUUUGUCAUUCAAAACCUCUGGGAGUGGACAAUUCACCUCCUCAUGUCUGGGAAAUAUAUGAUAUUAGAUACAAUGAGUACACGUAUAACCUCACAGCAAAACAUAAUUCAAGUGAUCCACAUUCAGGUUUGGCCUUCAAUGAUUUAUGUUUAGGGAGAACAAGGAGAGACUGUAUUGAGUUGAGAUGGACCAGACUGUCAUUUGAUCCAAACAUUACACUCGUUAAAUCUUUAACUGAUGGUGUACCAAUCUGGAUGAAAAUCCGUGCAGUUAAUAAUGUUUAUUUGUGUACUAUUGGUGUUUCUGAUUAUGCCAUCAUUGUUGAUAAGACAGCACCAUUUGCUGGAGUUGUAAUGGAUGGUCCUAUCUAUGGUGAAGAUUUGCUGUAUACCAAAUAUCCUGAUAAAAUAUGUUCCAAUUGGUUACAUUUCUAUGACCCUGAGUCUGGUAUUGGAUUGUAUUUGGUCAGUGUUAGUUCUGUCAAACAGAUAAAUGUAACAGACAUUGCUAACUUAACAGAAUACAACAGGAAAACACAUGAAGCUUGUGUAGAGCUUACCCCUGAAAAUUAUCUAGAACAUGGACAUACUUACUUUACCACUUUGUGGGCGUUCAAUGCAGCUGUCAAUCAAAAAAAUGUGUCCGCUAUUUCAACUGGAGUUACAGUGGAUCUUACUAAGCCAGUUCCUGGACAAGUUAUUGAUGGAAAUAAGACAGGGUUUAAAGAUAUCCAGUUCUCUGGUAAUGCAGCUAAAGUGGAGGUCCAAUGGAGAAAUUAUUAUGAUCCUGAAUCAACAAUCAGACAGUAUGAUGUGCAAGUUCAAGUAGCUCCGAAUUUGACAGAAAACUUCAAAACUAGAAGAGAUUUUGUCACAUUUUAUAACAUAACAGAGAGUGUGAAAUGGCUGAAUUUCCAUUUUCAACAUAAGGACAGAGUGAAACUUUAUUUACGUACUACAAAUGGAGCUAUUAACUCAAUAGUCAAUGAGACUGAUGGCUAUAUUGUAGAUCUGACACCACCAAAACUGGUAUAUCUAGGAGAUGGGUUAGCUCAACAUGAGGAUUUAGAGUUUCAGUCCAAUACCACCAUGUUAUCAUCAAAUUUCAAGUUUAUUGAUGGAGAAUCUGGUUUAGAUCAUUUUAAAAUACAGAUUUACCAAAGACAUCAAAGUAUUAGAUCACAAAUUGUUCCAGCAUUGCGAAAUGAGUGGAUAGAGCUUGAUGGUGAGACCAUACAUGAAUUCAUUGACUCAACUUUAGAUUUACUACAAGGUGCUGUAUACAGUAUCAGAAUAGGAGCUGUUAAUAAAGCAGGAUUUGUGGCAGCUUUUGAAACAAAUGGUGUGAUAGUAGACAUAACACCUCCAACAAUAAAUUGGCUGCAUGUCAAUACUUUGUCAGAUGAUGAAGAACAAACAGUUUAUGGUUAUGUUUGGCAAGCGGAUACAGAGGGUAUGAAGGCAGCAUGGCGAGCAUCAGAUCAUCAAUCAGGGGUAAUCAGUUACAAAAUAGCUGUUGGAUCCUCACCAGGUGGAACUGAAAUAAGGUCAUGGACAGACGUAGGACUUAAAACAGAUGAAUAUAUUAAUGGAUUGUCUCUAGAAGUUAGUAAUAUUACCACCAAGACACCAGUGUACUAUGUUAGCUUGAUAGCAGUAAAUGGAGCAGGACUGGAAAGUUCACCUGUGGUGUCUACACCUAUAGUAGUUGUGGAAGCUGACAGACCAGGUAUAGUUAUUGAUGGUACAGACGGCACAGACCAUGAUCCUGUAUCUGACAUUGGUAUUGACGUAGAUUACCAGUCUGAUAUUUCUACACUCAGUGUACAGUACACAGGAUUUGAGAGCCAUCUCCAUGGUGUCAUGGACUAUGAAUGGGCUGUAGGAACAAGUCCAGGGGGACAAGAUGUUACCACAUUUUCAUCUGAUGGAAUUUUCCAUGUAGAAGAGCAAACUAUUGCUGGAGAUGGCAUUACAAGUUCUGGAUAUGCACAAGUAAAUGCUCAGCUAGAACCUGGAAAGACAUAUUAUUCUACCAUCAGAGGUAUCACUAAUGCUGGAAAUAUUAUUGAGUCUGUAUCAGAUGGAAUUACUGUAGACUUAUUGCCUCCAAUGGUAGUGUUAGACAGGCUGUCAGAUAAUAAUGCUAUUGAUGGUGACAUAGGACCGAGUUCUUCAAUGUAUAAAAGUACAGCUGAUUCCCUGUCUGCCUUAUGGCACUACAAUGACACAGACAGUCAAGUAACAAGGGCCUGGUAUUCUGUUGGUACAUAUCCAUACGCUGAGGACAUAUCACCUAAAACUGAAGUGAAUAUAUCCUCUACACAAAGUAGUCACCUGGAGGUUGGCAGUAUCCCACCUGAUGUUACAGGCAAACCUAAUAUAAUCAGUAUUUGGGCAGAAGACAAAGCUGGUAUGAUUGGUAGAACUACAUUUGGUUCAAUUAUCAUUGAUACCAGUCAACCAGGAACUGGAGAUGUAUCUUGUCCAGAAUAUAUAGGAGUGGAGAGCCCAAUAUUGUGUUCCUGGUCAGGAUUUCUAGAUGAAGAAAGUCCAAUACAGAAAUUUGUCAUCACUCUUGGAUCAGAACAAGGAUCUUCGGAUGUUUUUGAAACAACUGUCACUGGGUUUUUGUCUUUUUAUAGCAUAAAAGGAGUUAACCAUCUUCUCAGUCAUGGCAAAUCUUACUAUGCUACAGUCACAGCCGUUAAUUCAGUUGCUAUGGAAACAUAUGCCUUCUCUGGACCUAUCUCUAUUGAUACAACACCACCUAAACAUGGGAAAGUGGUGGACCUGCAUACAGUCUACAGAAUCAAUGUCAAAGACAAUAGUGAAACAGUGGCAAUGAAUGCUAAAAUCUGUACCUCAGAUGAAGAAUGUGAUGGGUUAGAUGCUGUCUGCUCAGAAUCCCUUACUUCUGUAUCAGCCACAUGGCAGCUGUUUAAUGAUGAUGAAUCAGGAAUUGUGGGGUACCAGAUAGCAGUAGGAACAACACCAGGUGGAGGUCAGAUCAAAGCUUUCUUUGAUGUUCCACAAGAUGCUAGAUAUUACACAGUGUCUGGUCUCAAUCUGAUGGGAUAUAGAAAGGUUUAUGUCUCUGUCAGAGGAAAAAAUGGAGCUGGUGUAUCUAGUGUAGCCACUUCCAAUGGGGUUUACAUCUCUUAUUUAAGUCAGGAUCUUCAACCAUUAUCACAUGUUGGAAUAAGUGAUGUACUGGAAAACUCAGAUGUUGAUGUAGAUUUCCAAGAAAGUUUUGACACACUGCGAGCAUCAUGGGACUUGUCAGGUGACCCCUGUCCAUCAGUAAGAAAUGAAUGGCAGAUACUAAGGCUAGAUGGAAAAGUCAUUUCAAAAUGGCUAGAUUUGGGUGUUUCAGAAAAUGCGAUGCUUGAUGGACUUCAACUUAAGGACAGAGAAUUAUAUUAUUCUUUGUUAAGAGUGACAAAUGCUCUGAACUAUACUUAUAUAAUAAGGUCCAAUGGAGUUACAGUUGAAGAAGACCCUCUGCUACCAGGCAAGGUGUUUGAUGGUUACAUUACUGGAUUUGAUCUGAACAUUCUGCCCUCUAGACGUAAAAUAUCAGCUAAUUGGGAAGGUUUUGGUUUACCAGCUUCUGCUUCUUUUCAAGCUGAUGUGGAAGGAAACCCAGGUUAUCAAGUUGAUGAGUCAAAAACAGCAGAACAACCUGGUACCCAGCAAGUACUGUUUUAUGAAGUAGCUGUGGGAACAGAUAGAAGAUUUCACAAAACCAGAGACAAUAUUGUACCAUUUACCAAAGUUGGUUUGAAUGAUUCUGUCACAUUUUAUGAUCUCGAUUUAGAAUCAGGGGCAGCAAUAUAUUACUUCACUGUAAGAGCCUACAGUGCAUCUUUCUCUGUUGCCACAGUUACAUCUAAUGGUUUCCAUGUUGGAUAUGAUGGUGGUGUUGAAGGUGGAUCCAUUAUCAUGGGAGACUAUAUCAAUACUGAUACCUAUGUAGAUAUACAGUUUGAAGGGUUCACUUCAAAGUUAGAUAUCAUGAUGUACUAUGUAGCUUUGUCCAAUCAUUCUGGUGCAGUAGACACUGACUGUAAACUUUAUAUUGAUGGACGAAAAAGUGAACUGGUUGACGAUUUCUCAUUUAACGUAGCACCACUGAUCAACAUCAACAAGAAUACAUUUUACACAUUAACAUCCUUAGAGCUACAACCAGGAGGAACUUAUUUUGUAUGGGUAAUAGGAACAGAUGAAUCAGGAGACUGUGGAAUGAUAUAUCACAAAUUCACAGUUGAUACAACACCGCCAUUGUAUGGUGCUUUGACUGGUGGACCAUUUUAUAACAUGAAUUUGGCGUACACUUCUGAUAAUUCAACCUUAAGAGUUCAGUGGACAAAUUACAGUGAUCCUGAGUCUGACAUAGCAAUCUAUGAAGUUUCAUUAUGGCAGAAUACUUCAUGUUAUUCUAGUGGAAAGGAGGUGCUUCUUGUUGACUGGAUUGAGUUGACAAACAACUUCACUGAAUACAGCUUUGUGAAUUUGAAUCUCACAAUGAACAUACCAUAUACAGUUAGAUUUAAGGUGACAAAUGCUGCGGGACUUUCAAUCCAACAGUCCUCAUCACCUGUAUUAUAUGACCCAUCAAAACCUGUAUCAGGAGUGUUGGUGGAUGGUGAAGAUUUUUCAAAUGAACAAGUUUGGUUUAGUUCAACAAGCAUUAUAAAAGGUUCAUUUUUGCACUAUCCCAAUCAAGUUGAGUCAUCCUGUCCAUCAAGAGAUCUUUCAAUGGUAAAUGAUCCUGACUGGGGAGAACUACAACAGGUUGGUCUUAAAGAUCCAAGUGGUAAGAAAUGGUCCCUAAUGUACAAGAAAGAGAACAUCAACAAAGAUAUUUAUGAUGAUGAAGUGUCCGUUAAGCUUGCAAGAGAUCACAAAAACCAGCAGAUGUUUACAGGAGCAUAUUACAGAUCAGCUAGCUUUGAGAAUGGAGGCACAUACCAUGUUUCUGUUAAACCAGCAAAAGGCCAUGGAAUUGCUGUGACAGAAAUUUUGUUUUGGGACGGACCAGAUACUGAUAUUGCUACUUAUGAAUAUGAAGAAGACAUUGACUGGGCAUCAACUGUGUGCCAAUGCUGUUUGUUGGAUCCAGUACCUGGGGACUGUAACUUUUGUAAUUGCUCUAAGUAUUUGUUUGACAAAUAUGGAAACGAUACUCUACCAACAGUACCUAGCACUACAGUUUCUACAACAUUACAGACAACAACACAGCCAUAUGAAGUGGUCAAUCACCCUGACAAAAGUGAAGUCUCACAGCCCAUAGAUACUAGCAUACCUGAGGCACAAAAGUCAUGUGGCAUUCAAAUUUUGGAAGGUCAAAAUUCCAAGAUUGUGACUUGGUGUAGAUCCUUCAAUGAUAUUCAGCCUAUAAUGAAGACAUCUAUUGAUUACAACAUCACUGGAGAAUUUCUCAACUUUAAAAUUAUAUUUAAACCGGAGAUGGAUGAUGCAGUUGAUAUAACUUUAUGUCUUUUGGUAUCUAUUAAUGAAGAGGAAAUAACAGAACUUUGUGGAAUAUCACAUCUAAGUAAAACAACCAAACUAGUGAUGCAUGUCUUCAAUCAUGACAAUUAUGUGCCUGACAUAACAGACCCAUUCAACAUUUUUUCUGUAAAAGCCUAUUUUAAAAAUCUGGUACUACCACCACCAACUGGUGCCCUUUGUCGCUAUGGUGAUCCAUUCAGAGGCGGAACUAACCCAAUAAUUAAGUAUGAAAUCGGUAUAGGAACUGACAAAUUUCUUACAGAUAUAGAACCUUUGAGAGAAGUUGUAAUACCUUGUAUACCUUGCUUUGGAGAAUGUUCAAAGUACAACUGUGACCAGGAUUGUGAUCAGGAUAAACUGUUGGACUACAUCUUUACAUUGACAGACUUGAACCUAAUACCAAAUGUCAUGGAUGUGAAUGAAACUGGACAUUCAUAUAAUAAAACCAUUAUAUACUAUCUCACGGGAACCGCUGUGACUGGUUCUGGAGACACAGCUUUGUCAUCAUCAUCAGGGUUUUAUAUUGAUGUCACAGGACCAGUGUUUGACCUGGAUAUCAUGUUGACCACUCCAAUUUACUUUGACGAAAAACAAGGACAGUUUCAACCAAUAAGUUAUCAAGCAUCAAACAACACCAUUAAAGCUUUUUGGAGAUGUACUGAUGAUGAAAGUCUUGUAAAGGAGAGCCUUUGGGCCAUAGGUGAAACUCCUGGUGGAGAAGAACUUCAAAGUUUUCAGUCAGUUGGCACCAUGAUGACAGGCAUUAAUUCAUCAUUUGAAGGCAUUCUCCAACAUAACCAUACAUAUUAUGUGUCCAUUAUCUGUAUCAAUGGAGGUGGGAAACCUACUCAAUGGAAUGAUUCUUAUGGUGUUGUAGUACUGUUGGAGCCACCAGAAGUUGACAACCUAAAUAAUACUAUCCUAGGAGAAAUCAGACCAUUUAACCAAUCAGUAUUUCCUGUUGAUGCCAUGGAGAGUACGGAUCCUACAAGUAUAGGAUUCUCUUUUACUAUUAGUGAAGAUAAGUCUGUAACAAGAUAUGAUUUGUGUAUAGGAACAGAUGAAAAUAAAGAUGAUAUUUUCCCUUGUACCUGGGUUGGUUACAAUGUCUCCGGAUCAGCUUCUAUCAAAGAUGGAUAUUUGUUACUUGAUGGCAUAAAAAUUACACGUCUGUCAGAACUACAAACUGAUCAGGAUGUAUUUACACAAGGUGCUGAAAACAAAUCUAGCAUAUUCCAUAUGGAACCAGGAAGGACAUUAUUUCUGACCAUGAGAGUUUGUAAUGAAGCAGUACUCUGUACUAACAAGUCAUUAGGGAGUAUACUUAUUACAAAUGAUAAAACUGUAUUAAAGACCUCUGAACAUGGAGAGUCCAUUGAACUUGUACAGUCUAUUGAAACAGGAUCCAAAAGGAGAAAACGAGAUACAAAUAUGAUUGUAGUGAAGACUCCUGAAGGAUUGGUAGAGGGACAGACCAUUGUACUUCAGCCCAUAUCUGAUGAAGAUCUAACCACAGAAUAUGGGUCUGAUUCCUCUCCUGAUUUCCAGCCUUAUAUAGUCAACCCUGCAACUACACAGGAUAUGGUUGAAAGAGUACUAUACAAAAGAAUACAUUCUAUGUUAAUGACAUUUUCUGUGAUACCAGUUGGUCACCUGCCUAUGCCAGGACCAAUGAAUAUUACAUAUCCUGAUAAUGUUGGAGAGAAUGAAGACAACAGAACAGUUCUGGCUCAUUGGAAUACUUAUCUACAUCAGUGGGAAUUGACAGGGAAGACCUGUGGUGAAACAUCAGAAUUGGAAGUUGAUAACUUAGAUGGCACAAAGACAGUUCAGAUUUGUAAAACAUGGAGAGAAAAAGUAGAUGGUAUCAACCAAACUAAUUCAUCUGUUUCAUAUUUCUCAGAAGAAACACAAUUUGCUGUUUUUAUUGUAUCAAAUAAAGUGUAUAAUUCUCCACCAAUGCUCACCAGUGACAGGUUUAUUUCCAUCAAAGAAGAUGAAGGUACAUUACAAUACCAGUUGGAGGCUACAGACGAAGAAGGUGAUGUGGUUGAAUUCUAUCUCAGCAGUCAAACAAACAUUCUUGGAAAAACACUGCUUUUUAAAGAUGGCAUACUGCUGUAUACACCAUGCACAGAUUGUUCAGGUGUUGAGACCUUAACAAUCAUCCUAAUGGAAGUACAGACCAAUCAGGACAUACCUCCAGCCAGCAGUAAAACAACAAUUGUCAUUACCAUAAUAGAUUCUAAUGACCCACCAGAAAUAUUUGUAACACAGUAUGGUCAAUCUAUUUUAUCAUCUGACCCAACAGAACCAGUUUUGGUAUACUUAGAACAGAAGAGAAUAUUAAACAAGAAUAAAUGGACACAGGAUUUCACUGCUAUAAUAGGAGCAUUUGAUGUAGAACAACAAGAUCUAUUUAUGGAAUUGUAUCAACCAAGUUAUGGCACAGUGCUUUUCUUGCAUGAAAAAACAACAAUUCCAAAUAUUAAUGAUUGUGGAGAAAAUUUAAAUGAAGCCACAGAACCAUGUGGUAAUUUCAGUGAUAUAUUACCACAUAAUAAAGAUGAUAUGUCCUGGAUAUAUACCACAUUGACCUACAAACAGGCCAUGAAUGUAUCUGGCUAUGAUGUAGUUAAAUUGUAUGUCUCUGAUCCUAUGAAUUCUUCAUCAGCUGUUGUGACAAUACAAUUUGUCAUGAUGAAAUCACCAUGUCACAAUGAUGGAUCUUGUCAUCCAAAGAAUGGCAGUAGCUACCCCUGUACCAGUACUCGCAGAGCAGAAAGUUUUGACUUGUAUUAUGACUGUGUCUGUUUACCUGGAUAUUCAGGUGUAUACUGUGAAGAGAACAUUGAUGAGUGUCUAAGUUCACCCUGUUUAGAACCAUAUGAAUGUGUAGAUGGUAUUAACAUGUAUACUUGUCAAUGUCCACCAGAUGAGCCUCAUUGUGCUUUCAAGAUUUGGACCAUCCCAGUGAUAGUUCUAAGUUUGCUGAUUAUUAUUAUAAUCAUCAUUGUCUUAGUUCACAGAUAUAUGAAGAAAAGAUUGCAAAAGAAAGAAGACAAAGCAGACAUUUGGAGUCAGGACUCUGAAGAAUCUUUAGAUGAAACAAUGGGCAAAGUCCUUGAUGAUGAUUUGGAAUCAGCAGGUUUACAUCAAAUUAACAUCGAAGAGAACCAGGAUGAGAGUAACGAUUGGUUAGAUCCAGUUAAGGCUUUAAAUCCUGAAAUAGGUCGACUGUUAAACCCAACAAGGAGGAACAAGGUACAUCCUGCUCCGUCAAGCUUUGCAAUGACUUCUUUCUCUUCUGCCAAACCCAAUCAUGAAAACGUAGUUGAAGAGGAAACCAAAAAGAACAGUGAUAUGAACUUUUGCCCUACAUAUGACCUACCUGUGGGUCAUUUAACAAUGAAACCUGUAUCAAGACCACGCAUGCCAGCCUUUUCUGCCCCAGAAAUCGUGUUUAAAUUACAACAUGAUGGUAAUAUGGAGAGCUCUGAUAGUGAUCAAAAAUCAACAGCUGACACAGAAAGUAUUCCUGAAAGUGGUUCAUCAACUCCAGAGAGGAAACCGUUUUAUCUGCAACCAAUUCUAGCAAGUCAAAAAGGAGAAACGACAAAGGAAAAUCAGAAAAAGGGUAUUUCAGCACAUGAUAUGGAUUACAGUAGAUACAAUGAUCAAAAGCAGUCGAAGAGAGACAAUGAUGCUUGACAGAUUUAUGUGUGAUUUUUAUUUUAUAUUUGAUAGAAAACUUUUUAAUUUUUUUUUAUAAAUAUAAUUGAUUUUUUUUUACUAAUAAGUUAGUUUUGUAUCAUCACUUUGUUUUAACUGUAAAUCAAUGUUGUCAUUUAAAAUUUCAAAAAAAUAAAGUCGUUUUGAACUUGUUUUGCAAAGGAACUAACAUACAGCAUCUAUCUGCAUAAACUUAAACAUUUUUCUUUUGACCCAAAUUCAACAAACUCAACACAUUUGUUAGUGAUUUCAAAAACUUUUUUCUUGAAUUUAUACAGACUGAUAUUGAGAUAUCUUUAUUAAAAAUCUUAUUUAAUGACUAUAUAGCUAAUGCUUUGAAAUAUUUCCACUGGUAUAUUUUCACUAUAAAUACUUAUACAAAUAUUUGUAUUUUUAUACUUUAUUAAAAUAAUUUUAAUCGCUUA